AUGUCUAGCCGAUUCGUUUCCGGCGGGACGAUAAGCGGCGAAGGGUCAAAGGACGAGGCCGUCGCUGCUACUGCUACAGCGAGGGAGCCGCUGGCGAAGAAGAGCGUGGAGUGGGAGACGGUGCAGCAUGAGCUUGAUGAGGAGAGGAAGCGGAGGGAGCACGCGAGGGCGGAGUUGGCGGAGGGGGGGCAGCAGAGCUUGUAUGACAUUCUGCAGGCGAAUAAAGCGGCGAAGCAGGCUGCGUUUGAGGAGCAGAAUAAGCUGAAGAACCAGUUCCGGGCGCUGGAUGAUGAUGAGAUUGAGUUUUUGGAUGAGGUGAGGGCUAAGGAGAAGGCUGAGGAGGAGAGGGCGAGGAGGGAGGUUGAGGAAGGGCUGAAGGCGUUUCGGGAGAGACAGAAGAGCAGCGGCGGCAGCGGCGGCGAGACUUCCGGGACGGCGAAGGAGGAUGCUGGAAGGGAAGAGGAGGAGGAGUGGGCGGUUGGUGGGAGGAAGAGGAAGAGGCAUGAGAGGGAGGUGUUGGGGGUGAAGAAGAAGGCUGUUGCUGGUGAUAGAGGGGGAGGGAGGGAUGAGGUUGGGGGAGUUGAUAAGAGUGAUGGUGAUGAUGGGAAGAAGAAGGUUGAGAGUGAGGGUGAGAAAGUGAAAGAGAAAGAAAAGGAGAGGGAGCCUCCUAAGGAAGAGAAGAAGGCGAGCUUAGGGCUGGUGGCAUAUGAUUCAGACAGUGACGACGACGAAUGA